ACUACUAUUUUUAUUUUGGAGAUAUACAUUUCACAAACAGAACAAACAGGACAUUAAAUCUAGUUCUGUAAAGUGAUCAUGGCGGUGCCAACUUCCUCCCACAAAUCCAGUCCUAGCCGGUUGUCCAGCUGCUCUAAAAAACUAUUAGAAAUGACACCCCGAAGGUCAUCUAGGCUUAAUAGCCCAGCAACUGUAGUUAACUCCAAUGGACCAGGGUUGAAGCGCUGCAGAGAAAGCCCUUCACGGCAUUUGGAGGAGGAAUGUACCACACCCAAGUCAAAGCGCUUGAGAACAGAACUGGAAACGGAGAAGAGCCCCAGUAGAGUUCGUCGCAGUCUAAAUCUGCAAGGAUCUGAAAAUGGGGUUCUUUCAAAUGGGGAAAAUAUAGAAAAUAAAAGGAGCCCUUGCAAGGGCACCGUUGGAAAGGAGAAUAAGCAGAGCAUGGCGUCCGCAGUUCAGACUAAUGGCAUUGGUAGCACCAGGUCACCCAAAAAGGUAACAAGAGUGGAAGCUGAUGUCUCUCGAUCUCCGAAGUCCCCAAGAAAGAAACUGAAUAAUGUAACUAACCAAAUACCAAAUUGGAAUCCUACUGAUUCCUCACAUAUUCUUGCGGUGAAGACAGCUUUGCAUUUAUCUGAAGUGCCAAAAUCACUAAUCUGCCGUGAAGAAGAGCAGAAAAAGUUAUUUGAUUUCUGCAAAACAUGUAUUGAAAAAGAAAAAGUUGGAAGUAUGUAUGUAUGUGGAUGUCCAGGAACUGGGAAGUCUUUGCUAUUGGAGAAAGUUAAAUCACUUUCUGUGGAAUGGGCUAAAGAGGCUAGGAUUCCUCCCCCAGUUUCAGUGGUCGUUAAUUGCACUUCCUUGACAAACACUUCAGACAUAUUCAAAAGGAUACUAGAACAAUGCCAAGGAAGGAAAAAGAACUCUACAUAUAGUUCACCAUUUGAAGAGUUGAAAAGUUUAUUGUGUCAGAAGAAAAAAUCAGAUGCAUUAAAGAUGACGCUGCUGAUUGUUGAUGAGAUGGAUUUUCUAAUUAGUAGGGAUCAAUCAGUUCUGUAUGAUCUCUUCAGGCUUCCUAGUUUCCCAAAUUCACAAUGUAUGCUAAUAGGAAUUUCAAAUGCAAUAGACUUGACUGAUCGGUUUCUUCCGAAGUUGCAGUCUCUAAACUGUAAACCGCUUGUUAUGACAUUUCGUGCCUAUUCAAAAGAUCAGAUACUUAAGAUACUUCAGCAAAGAUUGAAGGGUCUUCCAUUUCAAGCUUUUCAACCUCAGGCAUUAGAGCUUUGUGCAAGGAAAGUAGCUGCCGCAUCAGGGGAUAUGAGGAAAGCUCUUCAUGUCUGCAGAGAUGCUGUUGAAAUGCUUCAAGCUGAAUUAGCUGAUGCGGUAUAUUCCUCAGAUAAAAUUUCUUUUGAAAAGCUGCCUAGCCAUCCAAGUUUGUCAAUUGAGGGCAAAUUAACAAAGCAGGAAAUGCACGUGGUAAGGAUUGAUCACAUGGCCAGGGCUCUGGCAAGAACAUUCCGGUCAGCUGUUGUUGACACCAUACAGUCUUUACCACAACACCAACAGAUAGUACUAUGUUCAGCAGUCAAGUUUUUUCGCCGUGGGAAGAAGGAUGCUACACUAGGGGAGCUGAAUGCAGCAUAUUUGGACUUUUGUAAAGCCACAUCUAUGCACCCUCUUACCGGGCCUGAGUUCUCAAGCAUGUGUAGGGUGCUUAGUGAUCAGGCUCUUCUUAACCUUGGUCAAUCCCGAGAAGACAGGCUCAGGAGAGUAACCUUGAAGGUCGAUGAAGGAGAUGUAAUUUUUGCCUUACAGGGAAUACGAUUCUUCAGAAACUGUCUUCAAUGAUGCAUCGUUUGGGACCUAUAGUUUUUAGAAGUUUAUUUAUUUUCUUGAAAACUGAAAAGACGAGAGUAUCUACAAGCCUCAACCAAAGGGUGCUGAUGUUUCAGUUGUCCUUGAUUUAGAGGUACGCGGAGGUUUAUAUCCAUCAUUUCAUUUGUAUCACUGAAGAGAAACUUUAGUGAGGUCAUUGUAGUUUAACUCUAGUGUGAAGGGAUCAUGUUACUAUUCCACAUUGAUUUGCUGGCAAAUGUUAAGCUGCACUUGGACUCAGUCGUAUCCAUGGCAUACCAGUUCGGUCAAUUACAGUAUUUCUCCGGACUAUUCACCGAUCUACUUCAGAAGCACAACAUUAAAGGUUCUUCAUUGGGCGAGCAAAAAUAUGUACGAACAAGUUUGCCUGAAAGUGCAUAUCAAAUCAAAUAAGAUUAUCAAUUUCCUUGACGAAACUAA